GAGGUCUUAUUUUAUUUGGCACGUUAUAACAAAACAGAAACUUGAUAGUUUAAGAACAACUUGUAAAUUUAAUUGUAUCUGUAUAACGGUUCUAAUGUCUAUAUCAAAAAGUCCUAUGAUAGUUUAGCAAAUUUUAUAUACACAUGGUAUUUCAUAUAACCUUUCAUUGUUGUUUAUAAAAUUAUAAAAUGGCAUUAAUACCUCUAAGAAGCUGGGAUGAUUUACAGAAGGGUGAUAUUAUAAACAUACCAAUAUCCGAUGCUGUUGAAUGUCAAGAAAAGAUAAUCAGAAAGUGGGAACCACAAUCUGAGGUGUCAGCAUUUAAAUAUGGAGGUCCGAUUAUUUCAUCAGCAGCUACUCUAUCCAGCUUAUUUAUCAAUAGCAUGUUCAGACGUAAAUUAAAAUUACGUAACCAUGGCAGACUACUUUCAAUGUUGAGUUUAACAACUAGUUCAUACCUGCUUACAAAUGUACUUCACAAUGAGUGGGUUGAAAAAAAAAUAAUGUUAUAUAGUUUUAAAUGUCCAUUAUGCCUUGAAACAAGAGCAUCUUCAAUUGUAAAUUUCUGUGGUAUAGUGUAUCCAUUACUUAUGGCACCUACAUUAAAUCUUGCUCUUGCUGGAGGUAUAGGAUUAAGGGUACCACACAUUACAGAAGUAAGAGAACUUUCGAAAUUUUGGUGGAGUGUUGUUAAACCAGGGGUUACUCAUAUUACAACCCUAUUCAUUGCAAAUUCAGUUAUUGCUAGCCAAGUAACGAACCAACAAAUUUUAUCAAUGGAAACUGUUCGAAAUGUUUUAUUACGAAUUGAAGACUAUCGACGAGAAUAUGAAAUAAAACCGUCUGAAUAAUUAAUUCGUUAAAUAGUUGCAUACGUACGGUUGCACAUAUAAGUAUAAACUGACAUAUGUAUAACUAUAUAAGUA